UCACUUGGGUCGUGUACGUGAGCGAAAAAAAAAAAAACGUGUGUGUGUUUUUGAGCGCAUUUCCCAAGUGUGGAUCUGCGUUCCACAUGCGAGGUGAAAAGCACAACAAUUAAGCGUGCGUACGUGCGAGGCACCUCGUGGAUUAAAGAUGGGCCCAUGCAGCUUGUUAUUGAGAGUCAGUCAGUGUGAUUUAUUCCCCAAUUCGGAGUAUUCAAGGGAAGCCGGGAGUUGAGUUGAGGGCCGGGUGGGUCCGGGUGGCUGUUACGCGCAAGGUUUGGGUGUGCCGGUACGCGCGCGUCACGGAAGGCCGCCAUCCGGUGGCCCCCACUGUGGGAACGCUAUAAAGUCCCAACGAGGGCAACGCGUCGCGCAGGAGUGCCUCAAGUCACUUAUCUCCCCUUCUGCGUCAUCUUCAUCCGCAUCCAAAGGGAUUUAAACGUCUUUCGUUACCGGUCGUUGGACGAACACAAUGAACUUUCUGCUCGCGUUUCUGUUUUGUGGAUUGUACGCGCUCUUUGCCAAAGGUGCAGACGUGGAGGGCAACGGUAAAUACGGUGUGCCUGUGCUGGAGGGGACGAAAGGACAGCUCGUCCUGGAGCUCAACCAGACCCUGGAGCUCAGCUGCAGAGGUCGCUGGGAGCUGUCGUGGUCUUUCCCGCCCAACCUGCCUCACGACCGGAUCCGCGUGGAGGAAUCCCGCUGUGGCAAGUCGCAACGGCUGCACUGUAGUCGCGUGACACUGCUGGGUGGUGCCCGGCCACACCACACGGGCUCCUUCCUGUGCCGCUACCGACACAGAGCGGAACGGCAGGCGUCGGUUUACGUGUAUGUGGCAGACAGUCAGCAGCCAUUUGUGGACCAUCCAGAGAUGAGCCCCGAUGUUUUGUACAUGAAGGAGAAGCAGCCGCUGGUCAUCCCCUGCAGGGUCACUCACCCAAAUGUCACCAGCACCUUGGUCAAAUUCCCCAACCACAGCUUGAGUCCCGACCAGAGGAACAUCGUGUGGAGCACCAGGCGGGGCUUCACCAUCCGGACUCCCACCUUCUUCUACAUCGGCCUCUUCUUCUGCCAGACCCUCGUCGACGGCGUGGCGCACAAGUCGCGCAUCUACAUCGUCCACCGGCCAGGUCCGCUGACUCCACCAUAAAGCACCAAGACGCCUUUUGCGUUUCUUCCGACAAGUCACCUUUCUCCUUCUUCCUGUGUGUCGUCUUAGUAAGUAACAUCUUGGACGUGUAUCUGAACAGCAGCGGUCCCGUGCAGGCCUUAAAGGGGGAGAGGCUGGUGCUCAACUGCACCGCCACCGGAGAACUGAACACCAGGGUCAACAUCUCAUGGGACUACCCUGGAAAGACGAGCAACAGCGGCUCCACGUCCAAGCGUCUGCUCAAGCACAGAACGCACAUGUUGUUCUACAACAUCCUGACCAUCCCCAAGCUGCGGCGCUCCGACCGCGGCCUGUACACGUGUCGCGUCAGCAGCGGCAA